ACGACGAUUUGACAACCCUUCCCCUACCUUCUACUGAAGCCAGGACGCUUAGCAUUCUCGCUCUCUUCCCUUCGUCUGGGCCCGAGCAGGUGAAGAAAGGGGGAGAGAAAAUUUUGGAACAAUCAUUAUUUCUUUUCAAAUCAAGAAACGCCUGCUGAGUUUUUGAGCACUUUUCUGUUUUGCUUGGUCGUUGAGGGAGAGAAAAUGGGGGAGAAGUUGAAAGACAGAGAUUUAUGGCUGCCGGCGGAGUUUAUCGGCGAGGGUUUUUUUCAUGAGGAAAGCGGUUUGGUGGGAGAGAACGCAAGCUUUGCUUCCUCUAAUAUGAGGAUGGAGACGGAGAGUGAUGAGGAGGAUUACAUAGCUGGGCUUACUCGGCAGAUGGCUCACUCCUUCCUUGCGGAAGAUAAUAAGUAUUCGUUUUGGGAUACUAGGGUUUUGGCUACCUCGCCGCAGUCUACGCUGUGUGACGCCGGAAUCUGGUCGGCUUCGUGCGCGGGUCGGCCAAACGGAAGUUCAAAAGUUUCUCCGCCUCUUUCGACUUUUCUCGAAAAAAGGAAGGAGGAUGCGAUGGAUCUUCUCUAUGCGGCAGCAGGGGAAAUUCUGAGGAAGAAGCAGAAUGAGCAGAGGGAUCAAGAACGCAGGCUUCUUUACCAGAUGAAGAAUCCCUCGGCUCAUACGAAGUCGUCUGCAGCUGCCGGAUACUACAACCAAGACCUUGCACAGCAGCAGAUCCAAGCGGCGCAGUUCUACAAACUCAAGCAGCAGCAGUUAAUCAAGCAACAACUCUCUUCUGCGUGGAAUAGACAGAACAGAGCAGUCGGUGCGAUAAGCAACCGGUCCCAUGGCUCGGCUUCAUCUGCAUGGCCAGCCCUUCAGCAGCAGCAACCAAGCUCUGGAAUGAGAGCCAUAUUUCUUAACCAUCCAGGAGGUCGGCGCGAGUCCGCCGGUACCGGAGUUUUUCUUCCUCGCAGAGCUGGCAGUCCCACCGGGAAAAAGUCUGCUUGUUCUACCGUUCUCCUUCCUGCGAGAGUGAUGCAGGCGUUAAAUCUAACCCUUGACGACGCUGCAGUACAAUCUCGCUGCCCAGCAUACAUCUCUCACGAACACGAAACAGCGUCUGCUCGCGUUCAACCCACCUACAACGAGCCGAAACGAAACAUCUACCAGCCACCGCCGGCCGCCAUUUCCGGCCAUGAGAUCCGACUCCCGAAAGAGUGGACCUACUAACCCCCAUUAACCCAUCGCUCACCAACUUUUCCAUCUUAGCAGUAGAAAAUCAAAUAUAUAUGAUUCGAAUUAGAAUUAGUUACAGUUCAGUCGUAGUUUACGCCAUGGAUUUUUGGAUUGGUGUUGGGUAAAGCUAAUGCGGGAAGAAGUGGAACAGAGUCUUCGGCCGGCUAUCUGUACCCUCGAAGCAAAAAAAAGAAAAAGUUAUCGAAUAGAAGAAAUAAAGACGAUGAUUGCCUCGUUGGCUUGUAGAAGAAGUGUCGGGUGUUUCUGUAAUAAUAUUUUGCACUCAUUGCAGCUCUUCCUUUCCCUUUUUGCAGGCUUUUGCUUUGUGGGUAGCUCUGCAAAUUUUAAAAAAAAUCGCUAUAUAAUUAGUCUGUAAGUAAUAAUAAAAGAAAUAUAUAUUAUUUUAUUUCCGGGUUGUUAUAGUAAUAUAAUAAUAAUAGCUUUUUAUUAUUAGAUUGCAA